AUGUGGGUUCUAUUUCUUAUCCUUCAAGCCAAUGCAUAUUUUCUCCCUGGGGUAGCACCAAAAAGCUACGAGCAAGACCGCCCCCUCAAUCUAUAUGUAAACAAGCUUGACUCUUCAAAAACCCAGCUGCCUUUUGACUAUUACUAUCUAAACUACUGCAAGCCACGUCAUAUUAAUACCCAAAGUGAAAAUAUUGGCCAAACCUUGUCAGGAGACACUAUAGAAUCUUCACCUUAUCAAAUCCACAUGGGCCAAGUAGCUAAAUGCCAAACUUUGUGCACUCAAGUAAACAGGCGAUCCCAUGUAAGAACAUUUAAGUGGAUGAUUGAGAAUGAAUACAAGGCCUCUUGACUUCUUGAUAACCUUCCAGCUGGUUUUAGACAGACUAUUAACAAGGGCGACCUCAAAACAAAAAUUUCUUAUUACCAGGAUGGUUUUCCUAUAGGUUUUAGGGAAGGUCGAGAUUUUAUAGAGAGUUUUUAUUGAAAUCUAGAUAAAUUUAAUAUAAAUUUUUAAGAAAAUAAAUAGAGGAUAUAUUUUUAUGUAAAUAAUCAUCAUCACAUUGUCAUAAAAAUUCACCCAAAUUCCAAAGAUGAAGACAAGUGGAAAAUUGUUGGGUUCUUGGUCGAGCCUUUAAGCUUAUUAAACACAAAUGAAAGACUGGGCUGUGAAACACCAGAAUUCCUUACUCUCGUUCUUAAAUGGGUUUAAUUUUUUUAUGAAUUCUAUAAUAGAAGAAAAGUUCAUAAAUUUGAUGUUUAAAAAUGAAAGCUUUCUUAAUUAUAAUUUAUGCUUCAAUUUCUGAAUGGUUCUGACGAACCAAAAAGUAAAUUCACAUGAAAAUUUAGGAUUUUCACAAAAAUUCCUAAAUGGCUAAUAAGAAUCAUUAGAAAAGAAUGCAAAACAUUAUAAUAUAAUUAGCCGAGGAUUAAAUUUCUCACAAUAGAAAAAUUUUCAAUGGUUUUGCUCGCUUUUUAAGAGGAAAGAGCUAGCUAUGAGUUUGGUGAAGCCAGAUGGAACGAAACGAUCAUGACUCCAGCUGACAGACUAACAAACUCAUUCCCUACCAGGAUUUCUUCUCUCCCAGCACAGAAUUUGGAAAACCCAGGAUCUAAUAUUACAUUUACUUAUAGUGUCAUUUUCGAAGAAAGUGACGUUAAAUGGGCUGAUCGAUGGGAUUACUAUUUGUAUAUGACUGGAGAAAGUGGCGAAGUGCAUUGGCUUUCUAUAAUCAACUCCUUUGCGAUGGUUCUCUUUUUGACUGGGAUGGUAGCUCAUAUAUUUAGAAGGAUUAUAAAAAAGGAUAUCAAUAGGUAUAAUGAAGGAGAUGAAAUAGACCCUGAAGGGGAAUCAGGCUGGAAGCAAGUAAAAGGAGAUAUUUUUAGACCUCCUAUUUACGGCAGCAUUUUUUCUAUUAUAAUUGGUUCUGGGGUACAAGUAAUUGGGAUGGCAAUUUUAACCUUGCUAUUUGCUUGUAUCGGAUUUUUAACUCCUGCUAAUAGAGGAGCUUUGAUUACUGCUAUGCUUAUUUUAUAUGUAUUUAUGGGCGUUUUCGCAGGAUAUACUUCAUCAAGGCUUUACAAAUUCUACGGAGGCAGCUUUUGGAAAAGGAACGCUUUUGGUACUGCUUUCUUUUUCCCAGGAAUUUGCUUUUUAGUAUUUUUCAUAGUAAAUCUAUUUAUUUUAGGUGAAGAAUCAUCAGGGGCUGUUCCUUUUACAUCUCUUCUCGAGCUGCUAGUCCUUUGGUUUGGAAUUUCUGUCCCUCUUGUGUUAUUAGGCAGUGCUAUUGGAUUCAGAAAAAAUAAAAUUGAGCAUCCUUGCAAAAUCAAUAAAAUUCCUAAACCCAUUGAAAUUAUUCCAGGCUCGUUCAAAAUUAAUGCAAUUUGCCUAAUGGCUGGCUCACUGCCUUUUGGUUGCAUGUUUAUCGAGCUCAGCUAUGUGAUGAAGAGUUUAUGGCAUCACACCUUAUUUUACUAUCUUUUUGGAUUUUUAUUCCUAUGCUUUAUAGUGCUAAUAAUCACAUCUGCAGAAGUUUCAAUACUAAUGACUUACAUUAUCCUUUGUAGAGAAGACUAUAGGUGAUGGUGGGCUUCUUUCAGUGUGGCUGGUUCAUCGGGGCUUUAUUUGUUUUUAUAUUCCAUAAUCUACUUCAUGACUGAUUUGACAUUCAGUAGAUUUUCGUCAAUAGUUAUUUACUUUGGAUAUAUGCUCCUUACAAGCGUGGCUUAUGCACUUAUAACAGGAACAAUUGGGUUUUUCGCAACCUUUAUCUUUAUCAGAAGCAUUUACAGCAAUAUUAAGAUUAGUUAA